AUGGGCUCAGAGAACCUCCUGCCUCCUCAACUGCUCUGGCUCAUUUUCAUUGGGCUUUCUCUGAUGUUGGCAGAGGCAUGGUUCAGUAAAUGCACACAGUAUGAAUUGGACAUUCGCCAUGUGUUCUGCAUUCCAAAGAUUAGCAACUUGACAGAUGUCAUUAGUGACAUCCCUGGCUACACCACUCACCUCAGUCUGACACAGAACCAAAUUCAGGUCCUUCCUCCCUGUAGCUUCACAAAUUUGUCUGCUCUGGUGGACUUGGGACUGGAGUGGAACUCCAUUUGGAAGACUGGUGAGGGGGCCUUUUGGGGACUUGAAAAUCUAACCCUUUUGAAUUUAGUAGAAAAUAAGUUUCAAAGUGUGAACAACUCCUUUGAGUGCCUGUCCAACUUGGAGACCUUGCUCCUGAGCCACCAUCAAAUUACCUAUAUUCACAAAAAUGCCUUUGUCCCUUUUGUCAAAUUGAAACAUUUAAGCCUAUUUCAAAACUUUGUUACCACUUAUUCCAAUUUUCUUGAAGAAGUCCAGCAUCUUCCAUGUCUGGAAUACAUUGAUCGUACUAACAAUAGCAUCAUCACCUUGGACCACAGCCCCAGGUCAUUGGUCUCCCUGACUCAUGUGAGCCUGCAGGGGAACAAGCUAAUGGGGUUAAAUUUCUCUGCUUUGUCACUGCCUAAUCUGAUCUCUCUGGGUGUCUCUCAGAAUGGCCAUUGAGUCAUCCAGAAUGUAUAUCUGGAAAUUCUGCCCCAACUGAGGAUCUUGAAUCUGAGUGGAACACUGGUGAAAUUGGAGAUACUUUCAGCCAAACAACUGCAGAAUAUAAGGGAAAUGGACCUCAGUAAUUGGGAGCUUAGAGGUGGUCACUUAAACUUGAACAUGUGUCACCUCCUCAGAAAUUUACCCAUAUUAGAGACUUUGGUUUUUCAGAAAAAUGCCGCUGAUACAGGGGGCAUAAAGCAUCUUGCCCACUGCACCAGGCUUUUGUACCUUGACCUAAGCCAAAGCAGUGAUUUGGUUCACCUCAAUGACAGUGAGUUUAAUGCUAUGCCCAGCCUCCAAAGGCUGAAUCUAAACAAGUGCCAACUUUCCUUUGUCAGCAACAGGACAUGGAGUUCCCUCCAGAACUUGAUAGCCCCACACCCGAGCCACAACAGGUUCAUAAGUUUUCCAGAUUUUACAUUUUCACUCUUGAGGUACCUAAAGCCUCUCUUUCUCUCUAGAAACCCCAUCACAGAACUCAAUAAUAUGGCCUUCUAUGGGCUAUAUUCACUGAAAGAGCUCAGCUUUGCUGGGUGCUGAAUAGUGACAAUUGACAGAUUCUGCUUUGCUCAGUUUCCAAAUCUAGAGAGCUUAGACCUUGGAGACAACAGUAUUCGGACUCUAAAGCACAGAACCUUUCAAUCUCUGAAGAAGCUCCAAGUUCUGAUUCUUUCCUGGAACUGCCUGAAAGCUAUAGAGAAGAGUGCAUUUUCUGGCCUCAGUUACGUAUAUAAUCUUGAUCUUGCACAUAAUAUCUUGUCAAGUUUUCAUGCAGACCUUUUCUUGGACCUUGAAAAUCUGGAAGUUUGGGAUCUCAGUUUUAAUAAAAUUAUAUAUGAAACCACUAGGACCUUGUCAUUUCCUCCAUUUAUGAACCUCAAGUCAUUGAAACAUCUCAACCUAGAAGGACAAAUACAUGGGAUUCAGGUUGCUCCAACCAACUUCUUCCAGGGACUGAAUGGCUUGCAGGAACUACUCCUAGGAAUAAAUCCCACAGUAUUCCUGGACUAUCUCCAAUUUGACCCCCUGAUUAAUUUCACAGAGUUAGAUAUAUCAGGAACAGAAUCUGGAGACCGAAGUCUCUAUUUAAAUACUUCCUUAUUUCAAAAACUCAGAAGACUAAAAGUGCUGUGCCUUGAAAAUAACAACUUAGAGUCACUGACCCCUGGCAUAUUUUCUGGCUUAGCAAGCCUUCAGGUCUUGUCUUUAAGAUUCAACAACCUAGGGGCCGGCCCAUUCAACAACCUAAAAGUCAUUAAUCAAAGUCACCUGGAAAAUCCAAAGUCUCUGAGGUACUUUGAUCUCUUUGGGAACAAACUUCAGUUCAACUGUGACAAUGUGUGGUUCAAGAACUGGUCUAGAAACACAGCAAAUGUUCAUAUCCCCUACCUCUGGAGCUACCAUUGUCAGCAGCCAAAUACCCAGAGUUUAUUGAUAGAUUUUAAUGAGGCUAUGUGUAAUUUUGGCCUGGAAAAGAUAUGCUUCUUCUGUUCGUUCAGUCUGGUUCUCACAACCAUGAUAUUCUCUUGGUUCAGUGCCAAGAUGACUUUAUCUCUAUGGUAUGGGCUCUAUAUAUUUAGAGCCUGUUGCCUAGAUGAAUGGUACAGGACAGAGAAGGAGUUCAUCUAUGGUGCCUUUGUCUCUUUCAUUGCCACUGAUGAGCAGUGGGUAUAUGAAGAGCUUGUUCCAGCCCUAGAAGAAGGGAGCCCCACCUUUAAGUUCUAUCUUUACCACUGGGACUUUGAACCAGGUAUGGACAUCUUUGAGAACAUCCAGAAUGCCAUCAACACCAGCCAGAAAACUUUGUGUGUGGUCAAUAACAACUACCUGCACAGUUAAUGGUGUGGGCUUGAAGUACAGUUGGCCAUCAUCAAGAUGUUCUAUGAGCAUGAGGAUAUUAUUAUUUUGAUCUUCUUGGAAGAGAUCCCAAACUAUAAGUCUCCCCUACUGCCCACACUCCAAACAGUUCCCAUGGGAUAG